CUCCGGCCUCUCUCCCACUUCCCUCACCCCCCUCCCUCCUCCUCUGGACAACCCAGCCAGAGAGGACAAACCAAGCCAGGGGGGAGCGAGCAGCCAGCCAGGGAGGAGCACGGCAAACAAGGGCCUUCUCUUCCUCUUCUCCGGCGUCCAGCAGCGAGGCAUGGUGGAGAAGGCGAGGGCCAUGGCGCGCAAGCUGGAGAUCCCGCAGUGGAAGUCGGGCGCGCCCGACGGCCUGCCGUCGCCCACGAGCCCGCUGGACCGCGCGUCGCCCCGGGGGUGGCGCCACCGCGACGCCGUCGGAGGGGUCGGGCUCGGGAUCCUGGCCGCGCUGGAGGCGCAGCCCGCCGCGGGCGCCCCCGCCGCGGUGCCGAGGGUGUCCGCGCCCGUCUCCAUCGCGCGCCGCGCGCGGCUGGAGGUGUCGGAGCUCGGGUGCAGCGGCCGUUGCGCCACCAGCCUGUGCGGCGGCAAGCCCUCCUCGCCGGGCGGCGGCGGCCUCCCGGCGCCGCCCGGCGCGGCGUUCCGCGUGGCGGAGUUCCUGUCGUGCUGCAACAUGUGCCGGCGGCCGCUGGACGGGAAGGACAUCUUCAUGUACCGCGGCGAGCGCGCCUUCUGCAGCAUGGAGUGCCGGUACCACGCCAUCGUGAGCGACGAGUUCCAGGAGGAGAAGGAGCGGAAGCGCCGCGCGGCCGCGGCCGCCGACGGCCUGCCCAGGAAGUCGGCGGCCGCCGACAUGUCCGGGUCGCCGUGCGGCGGCGCCGCCGGCGGCGGGCAGAUCUUCUUCACCACAGGCAUCGUCGCCGCCUGACGGACGACGGAUCUUUCUAGUAACCAAAGCAAAAGAAGCUAGAGAGGAACCGGCGGCCGGCUGUAACAUAAACAAGACAAUAAAAAACAAUAAAAAAACGAAGAGAAAAUAAGGGUGCGUGCGUGGGUCUGUGUAGAGAGAGAUGGGGGUGGGGAAAUUUUUGCCGUUUCUCUUUCUUUGCGAGGAGGAAGCACGGGGUUUUGGUACUAUUAUUCGAUCUUGAUUUUUUUGUAUUACUAGUAGUAUAUUACUAUGAUGAUGAUGAUGAUCAUGCGAUGGGGGGAGGGGAGGGGAUGUUUUUGUAAGCAGCAGCAGGAGGGAAGGGAAGGGGAUGAUGGCAAGUUUUCCAAGGAUUGUUGCUUCCCUUUUGUUUCUCCACUGUCUUCAAAAUGAAUAACAAUCACCUUCUGUCCUCCUUUGUUCAA